UCAUUAAACAGAAGUGCGACUUAGUUUAAGACUAUUGGUCCAAUUCUAGACAACGAAUAGACUGAAAGACUUGAUAUCUCAUUUUCUCUGCCACAUCGUCACAGUAUCUGAGAAAAAAGGUAACAGCUGUGUUACAGGAUUUAUACAUUGAAAAAUUCUCCGUUCCAAACGGCCACAGCAGUAUUCCACUGAAGAAACUCGUCGACUAAAAAUCAUUUCAUCAGAAAAUGUACAUGCGCCUUAACCUUCUCGCAAUCGUCUUCUUGAACACUGUGCUAACUUCAGCAAAGAAGGAUUCAUCUGUCAAGGAACUCACUCUUGCUAAUUUUGACCGAUUCGUUGAUGGGAAAAAAUUUGCGUUCGUGUUUUUCUACGCUCCUUGGCACGAGCAAUGCGUGAGGCUGUUAGAACGGUAUGAAGAGGUCGGAGAUACAUUUUCAAGCCGUGCGGAUGAUGUGGUUAUCGCUAAAGUCAAUGCUUAUGAAGAAAUUAAACUGGCUACGCGGUAUUGGGUGGACGACUACCCUGCGUUUCGUUACUUCAUAAAAGGAAGCAUCACUGAAGAAACUUACAAUAAUGGUAAUCUUCCUGCUGAUAUGAUCCGUUUUAUACGGUCCAAAUCCGUACUUCACCUCAACAUAGACAUCUUCCACACGCCAGUCAUUGAUCUGAGCUCUACAAAUUUUGAACGAAUCGUCAAGGAUAGGGCGCGGAGCAUCCUGGUCCUUUACUACAACGGCAACUGUGACCUGUGUAAGACUUUACAAAACACGAUUCACGAUGUUGGCGUCACGUUUAGAAACGAACCCAAGUGUCUCAUUGGCCGACUUGAUUGCGACGCGGAGCCUCAGAUUUGUGUGCAGCAAACAAUUCCGCAUUACCCGACUUUCAAGGUAUAUUCCCAACACAACAAGGACGGAGUCAUAUACGAGCCUGGAACCUACCAAGAAAGCUACAGCGAGAAAAAUAUUACUUCGUUUAUGAAUGCCUUGUGUGGAACUCAAAGGAGACUGAAAGGACGACUGAACGAAAAGGCUGGCCUCCUGGAUGACUUCAACGAAAUAGCCGUGCAGUUUAUGAAAGACUACAAAAGGCGAGAAGAAAUAUUAAAAGAAGCCAAAAUGAAAGCCCUCAGGCACAAGUUCCAAACCGAGGCUAACUUUUACAUGUCUGUAAUGACUCGCGUGAUGAGUUACGGCGCAAGUAUAAUAAGCGAGGAAAUUGAUCGAUUGGAACGCUUGAUCGCCGGUCCAUUGCACCCUAAUAAGGCAGAUGAAUUCGAGAAACGCAAAAAUAUUCUGAAGCAGUUCCAGGUUUUGCAUUUCGAAAGAGACGAGUUAUAACUUUUUUGUGAUUCUUUACGCUGCUU